UAAUCUUCUCUGAUGCUUCAUCUGAGCGCGCGCGUCUCCUCCAGUCUCUCCGCGCGCAGGGAGUAACUCCUCCUUUCGGUAACGUAUUUCUGUUGUUGUUCUUGCACGGGCAUUACCGCACGCCUGGGAGAUCCUGACAGGUGUGGAGAACAAGUUUUUAUUCCCAUUUUGUGGAAAUAACCGGGUGAGAGAUGGUGUGAUCGAGCCAAACAUACAGACGUUCACUGAAGUGCCAUCUUGCGGACAUUGUGACAUUGCACCCGAAGUAAUGGAGCUCAAAGUGGUCAUUUGGCAUGCUCACCUGACACCUGUACAAGUGUUCUGACAGUCAGUCUGUGUGUGUUCGCGUCUAGAGUUUCAUGGAUAUCCGGUCGGAUGACAGCUGGAACUGUGGUUAUAACUGGAGGAAUACUCGCGACGGUGAUACUCCUGUGUAUCAUUGUCGUGCUCUGUUACUGUCGACUUCAGUAUUAUUGCUGUAAGAAGAAUGGAUCCGAUCCAGAUGCUGUUUGCUCACAACCCCAGUUUGCCUGCAAUGCAUGCAGCACAUCUAGGUUGGAUGGGAUCGCCUCUAACCCGCUCUCCCUGUCGCCGGAGCCCACGCCACCGCAGAGCUUCUGCCCCACCUGCUCCUCAUACAGCUCUCCGUUUUACAUCAGUGCCAUGGACAAAACGCGGAACGGGGCUGAGCGGAUCACUUACAUGCCGUCCCACUAUGACAGCCCGUGCCUGUCUCUCACCCUUCCUUCUUUGCACAGUGCAUCGCUGAGCUCUCGAAGCCAUCCGGACCUCUACUCCAACACACGUGCCAUAAGCACUGAUGUCUGAUCAGUGACGUCCACCGAAGUCACCCCUACUGUUUCUUCUGUGUACAAAACAGAGUGAAUGGGGACAGCGCGUACUCAGUUUUUACAUUUUAUCUGUCUAGCAGUAAAUUGAAAUCGAUAAUGUUUUAUAGAAAAUGACAUAAAUUGGUUGAUUAAUCUGUAUUUUUGUCUUGUUUUUAAAUCUAAGCAUACUUAAAAUAAGAUAAAUGCACUUGAGAAGCAAAGGCUUAUUUUUCUUAAAUCUUGAAUUUGUUUUUAUGUUUAAUUUUUUCCUGUUAUUUUAGUAGACUUCACUAAACUAAAAGUUAGAUUUGUGCUAAAUCAAGAAAAAAAAUGGCCAUUUUCAAAAAAAAUGGACAAAAGUGAACAAUGAAAUAAAAUAAUGCAAUGAAAAUAAACAAAUAAACAAUUAACAUUAAAUAACGUAAAUUAGAUAAACAACAUAACUAUUCUCUGAAGAUAAGUUUUAACAUCUUACACUUUUUCAAAAGGUGUUUAAAUGUUUUUAGGGAAAACAAAACAAAAAUACAGAUUUCAAGGCAUUCUGGAAAAUAAUUAUUUUCUAGAGUGAAGGGCUAAAACUAGCGAAAACAAUCUGCCGGUUUUCAAAAGCAAUGAACAAAAAUAAAUAAAUAAAAUAGAACAAAAACAACAAUGAAAUAAAAAUAAACAAAAUAGUUAUUCUUUGAAGUUUUAACAUCUUAUGCUAUUUGAAGGUGUUGUCAAGACAAAAAUUCUGACUGAGAAAAAACAACUUGCAGCGAAGGGUAAGGGCUCCUGGUUUUCUAAGCAGCCUUCAAAAACUGGGCUUCCUGUAAUGGGCUAAUGUAUGAGGGCUAUCCUACACAAGAACAUUUUGUUAUUGUGCCACAAUAAAACAUUUUAUUUCAUUAUUUCAUUUUUUUGCAAUUCCACUUGGUGGCGCCAGAGGUGCAAAAAUCACACACUUGAUCUUUAAUUAAAAGAUCUCUAUGCAAGAUCAGUGUAAUCUGUAAUAACAAGGGGUCUGAGUGUCUAAUUAGUCCAUGAUGAGAUGUUUGAGGUAAUUUAGUGAUGUGUUUAUGAUACACUUUCUUUUUAUUACAUGCAAAAGUUUGAAUAUGGUUCUGUUUGCUUGUAAACCUGGUUUCACCAAACUUUUAUUAGCCAAACAGUGGCUCAUGUUUAGUUAAGGGUAAUGUGUUCCUCUUUUGCGUGUCCAGCCGACUUGUUUGAGUUCAUUUGUUAUGCUCGAUCAUGAAUAUCUGUCAAUGACAAAGAUAUGAUGAUAACUAGUAGCAACUGUUACUUUCUAUGUGAAGAAAAAUAUUUUUUACUGUAGUGUCUUUAGACUGUUUAAAACAUUAGCAGUGUUUUUCAAAUGAACCAGUGAGCAAAUAAAGAAAUAAAUUAAGAAUA